CUGCCUGGGGGGCGGGGCCGGGCCGGGCGCGCGGCGCCUGCCCGGGGGGCGCCUGCCGGUGCGGGGAUGGCUGGGCGCACGGUGCCCGCCCAGGACGAGGACUCCGGGGAAGGAGGGCGAAUGUCUCCAGCACCGGCGGUGACAGGACCACACCAGGGCCACUGAAUAUUCCCGUGCAAGUUUCUCCGCCUUCCUGUGCGUCAGUAUUUACAUUGGAGUAAUAAGAAAUGCUAUGUCGAAAAUUAAAUGAGGCGGUCAAAGCAGGAAGUGUCCCGUCCCACGUGGAGCCGGCCCCGGAGUAGGGACUCCCAGCAAAGGGGGCGGGCUGGAAGGGGCGGCCCUGAGUCCGGCGAGUGGGCGGGACGGGGCGGAGCAUUCUAAGCCCGGCCAUUCGUCCCCCAGUGUCCGCCUGGUCCACGACUCUCUACCCCAUUGACCACGACACUCUACCUCUGCGCUCCGGACCCCAAUGGCAACAACCGCCAGCCUGGCGUUCCUUCUGCGCCCCCUGCUUCUGUUCCUGCUGUCCGGCUGGCGCCAUGCGGGAUGGGCUGACUCUCACUCUCUCUGGUACAACUUCACCGUCAUCCAUCUGCCCAGACCUGGACAACGGUGGUGUGAGGUCCAAGGCCAGGUGGAUCAGAAGAAUUUCCUCUCCUAUGACUGUGACAGUGACAAAGUCUUAUCUGUGGGUUGCCUAGAAGAGCAGCUGAAUGCCACAGAUGCCUGGGGAAGACAACUGGAAAUGCUGAGCCAGGUGGGGCAGAGGCUCAGACUGGAACUGCCUGGCAUUGAGCUGGAGGAUUUCACCCCCAGUGGACCCGUCAUGAUGCAGGCCAGGAUGUCUUGUGAGUGUGAAGCCGAUGGACACAGCAAAGCAUCCUGGGAGUUCAGAUUUCAUGGACAGAAGUUCCUCCUCUUUGACUCAAACAGCAGAAAGUGGACAGUGGUUCAUGCUGGAGCCAGGCGGAUGAAAGAGAAGUGGGAGGAGGACAGGGAACUGACCGAACUCUUCAGGAAGGUCUCCAUAGGAGACUGCAGGAGCUGGCUUCUGGACUUCCUGAUAUGCAGGGAGAAGAGUCACCUGGAGCCCACAGGUGACUACAGGGGAGCACCGGGAGCAUCUGGAGAUGCCGUCAAGUUACAGCCUUGUCUGUCAGUGUCUGUGGUGCGUGCAGGUGUAUGGGUGUGAGUGGGUGUCAGUGUUUGUGGGUGUGUGUGUGUGUGUGUGUGUGAGUGUGUGAGUUUGAGUAAAACCAUGACCCCUCAUAGGGGACCACCUUUUGGGGCGCCUGUACUCUCCCAUCCUCCUCUCCGUUCUCCCUCCUGACUCCUCUUCCUCACUGCGCGUGCUUCUGCUGCCCUCACUGUGGAUUUCUCGCCAGCCUCAAAACUAUGGGCAUAUUGUGUUUCUAGACCUUUCUCCUUAUAUUUCCCUCCUCCUAGGAUUGCUUUUCCUUUCCUCUCCCUUGGUGUGUUUCUGGAAAUCCAUGAAAACCACCUCCAAUGCCAGCCCGGAGAUCCUCCCUUCCCCGCCCUGGGGCUUCAGCUCUUCUUCCACCACAGCAAGAGUGUGAGCUGUUCUGUCACCUUGCUGCCCUCAGCAACUGUGUGAGUUUUCUGAGGACAGGGGACACCCCCUCUUUGUUCCUGCCCCAGGACCUGUCACAGCUGCUGCACCAUAGCAGAGGGGGACAAAACCUCUGCCUUGCAGGAUGAUCUGGGGUGGCAGGAGCUAAGGAGCUGUCCUCAUAAGAAUUGGGGCGGACAAGGGUUGUCACUCUUGUGUUUCCAUUUCAGCAUCACCCACCGUGACCCCAGGUACAGCCCAACCCAAAUCCAUGGCCACCAGCCUCAGUCCCUGGAGCCUCCUUCUCAUCCUUGUCUGUGUCACCCUAUAUGUCAUCUGAGGAGAGUCUUUAGAGUGACAGGUGGAAGAUGACACCAAGCAGCCCCUGUUAGCCUGGUCUGCCUACCGCUCUCCCUCAGGAAGGCCGCCUGUCUACUCACCACUGUGCCUUUCUGGACAGCCAGGAGGUCAAGCCUUAGCAAGCCCACAGCCCUCAGCAGAUGAUGAGGGCAUUGGAGACCCAACCUCUCAUGCCGUUCAUUACCUUCAGUGAUUGUCCUAGUAGCCAUUUUUCUUCACAUCUUCUGCCACUUUCUCUCGGUGCUAAUGGAUGGAAUUCCUGCACAAGUUAUAACUGGACAAGAAAUCGCAAAAAGCGUUUUCCUUCUACUUCAUUGACUGUGGGAAAGCAGACACUUCUCUGAAGUAUGACCUCAUUCUUCCAAACGGUAUUGCUAGUAAAAUCGCAUGCUGGGCUUCAGACCUCAGGGAUCCUUUCCAUGCACUGACCAAGAAUUCUCUUAAUCCUUUUUACUUUUAUGAUUCUGUCAACCAUAUAGGAGGGAAGCGGCAUAAUCAUCACUCACUGUAAUCUCAGUAAGUGAUGAUCUCCUGGGCUCAAGUGAUCCUCUACACUCAGCCUCUAGAAUAGCUGGGACUGCAGGUGCAUGCCACCAUGCCCGGCAAGUUGUUUUUUUUUUAGAUAGAGACUGGGUCUUCCUAUGUUGCCCAGGCUGGUCUUCAACUCCUGGCCUCAAGCAAUCCUCCCACUUUGGCCUCCCAAUUCUCUGGGAUUACAGACAUGAACCACACUACCUGUUGUAGAAAUUUUUAAUUAUUUAAUAUGAGAAAGUGUUAGAUUCAUGAUUAUUUCAUUUAGUAAUGUAUUAGGUGAUACUUACAGUUAA